AUGGAUAGCAUCGUAGACUCAUUGAACAAAGCAUACGAGAAGUUUGUUCUUGCCUCGGCUAAUGUACUUGAGUCCAAGGACACUAAUGUUGCUGCGUUGGAGAAUUUCAAGGAGAAAUGGGAAUUGUUCCGUGUGGCUUGUGAUCAAGCCGAGGAUUUUGUGGAGUCAGUGAAGCAGAGCAUUGGAUCUGACUGUUUAGUUGAUGAAGCUACUGGUAUUUCUGCUGCAAUAGAAAACUUACGCCAAGCAACUAAGGACUAG